GAUGGUUUAGUUCCAAUUGACGGAAAUUGUUUUGUUUUUGUUUUUUUGUUUUUAUACUGGGAAUCUAUCGAAAAGUCAAUUCGGGUGGAAAUGUAUAGCGGAGCGGAGAUCAACUGUAUGCGCUGACGUCGAGCCGUGCGUAAUGAACGGAGUUGGAGAAAGAAGGUGUUGAGCCGCAUUUUUUCCUCCCUGCCAGGGACAACUUAACGUCGGCUGCACUACAGGGGAAUCCACAGAGGCUAAGGGCAACAAGAAGGCGAGAGAAAAAGAAGAGAGUGGUCGGAGGACUUUUGACUCCCGGGUAUGGGAGGCUGGGCUCAGAGCUCUGAGGACGCUUCAGAAGACCAGUUGUGUGAGCCACUGCGCUGGCGGCUGAGGAUUGAGGAAUACGUUGCCUGGGCAGAAUGACUCAGCAGGAGGGGGGACCCCCAAACAGCAAGUGAAGAGAACUGAGGAUGGGUGCCAAUGGAUCCAGCUAUCCGCACUCGUGCUCCCCCCGUUUGGGGGGAAAUGCACAGACCCAGCAGACUUUCAUAGGAACUUCAUCCUACUCUCAGCAGGGCUAUGGCUUGGAAGCUAAACUGUAUAGCCUGGAGCAUGGGCAUGAGCGACCUGCGGACAGAAAGAAGAAGAGUCUCGGCCUGGCCACACUCAAAAGGAGGUUCAUCAAACGGAGGAAGUCCAGCCGAUCAGCCGACCAUGCACGCCAAAUGCGUGAGCUCUUGUCAGGGUGGGACGUUCGUGAUGUCAACGCUCUGGUGGAGGAAUACGAGGGCACUGCCGCCCUCAAGGAGCUGAGCUUCCAGGCUAGCCUAGCACGGGCUGAGGCCCCCAGCCUGCACCGGGAUCUGGCUGCCCUCUAUCAGCACAAGUACUGCACCGAUGUGGACCUCAUCUUCCAGGACACAUGCUUCCCAGCUCAUCGGGCCAUCCUGGCUGCCCGUUGCCCCUUUUUCAAGACCCUGUUAUCCUCCUCCCCUGGCUAUGGAGCAGAGGUCCUCAUGGACAUUGAGACAGCCGGCAUUGACGUGCCCAUGUUUUCUGCCCUGCUGCACUACUUGUACACAGGGGAGUUUGGAGUGGGCGGGGCAGAGGAUGCCAGGCUGCAGAAUGUAGAUGUGCUGGUGCAGCUGAGUGAGGAGUUUGGCACACCCAAUUCCCUGGAGGCAGAUAUGAGAGGGUUGUUUGACUACAUGUGUUACUACGAUGCCCUGCUCAGCUUCUCUUCAGACUCUGAAAUGGUGGAGAGCUGUAAUGAAAGAGGACCUGGAGCCGGCGCUUUGGCCGGGGGAUCAGGAGGCAGUGUGGGACCGGGCACUCCAGAUGAGGAUCUGAGGGCCCAUAAGGCUGUGCUCUCCGCACGCUCUCCUUUUUUCAGGAACCUUCUACAGAGACGCAUCCGCACUGGUGAAGAGAUGACAGAGCGCACGCUGCAGACACCAACCCGCAUUGUAUUGGAUGAGUCUAUCAUCCCACGGAAAUAUGUUCGUGUUAUCUUGCACUGCAUGUACACAGAUGUGGUGGAGCUGGGGUUAGUGCUGCGGGGCAGCCCCUCUGCAGGCAGCCUAGGGGAGGUGCAGGCCCUGGUGACAGGGGGACGGGGGGCCAGCACACGUACCGAGGAGGCCAUGGAGCUCUACCACAUAGCCCUGUUCUUGGAGUUCAACAUGCUAGCUCAAGGUUGUGAGGACAUUGUGGUGGAGAGCCUGUCCCUGGACUCUCUCGUCCCCAUUCUGAAGUGGAGCUCCCAGCCCUAUGGUUCCAAGUGGGUCCACCGGCAGGCAAUGCAUUUCCUUUGUGAGGAGUUCAGCCAAGUCGUCACCUCCGAUGUCCUCUAUGAGCUUAACAAAGAGCACCUACUAAACGCUAUCCAGUCGGACUACCUUCAGGCGAGUGAACAGGACAUUCUCAAGUACGUUGUUAAGUGGGGCGAGCAGCAGCUUAUUAAGAGGAUGGCAGACAGGGAGCCCAACCUGCUGAGCGGCACAGCCCACAGUGUCAACAAGAGGGGGGUGAAGAGGAGAGACUUGGAUGUGGAGGAGCUGAAGGAGAUCCUCUCUCCUCUAAUGCCCUUCAUCAGAACUGAGCAUAUCUUGCCUGCCAACAGUGACGUCCUGGCUGACACGCUUAAAAGGGGUCUGAUUAGCACUCCUCCAUCAGACAUGCUUCCUACAGCCGAGGGUGGGAAAGCAAAUGCCUGGCUACGGCAGAAGAACGCUGGCAUCUAUGUGCGCCCUCGGUUGUUCUCUCCCUAUGUGGAAGAGGCUAAGUCUGUGUUGGAUGAGAUGAUGGUGGAGCAGACAGACCUGGUGCGUUUGCGUCUAGUACGUAUGUCCAAUGUCCCAGACACCCUCUACAUGGUCAACAAUGCAGUGCCUCAGUGCUGUCAUAUGAUCAACCACCAACAAAUGGCUGGCAACCAGUCCACUGCUCCUACUGUGGUGGCCAAUGAAAUUCCAGUGCCCCGGCUGGCAGUUGUGAAAGAGAUGAUCCGGAGGCUGCAGGAACUGAGACACACAGAGCAAGUCCAGCGAGCCUACGCCCUCAACUGUGGUGAGGGAGCCACCGUCAGCUAUGAGUUACAGCUGCGUGUGCUGCGAGAGUUUGGUCUGGCAGAUGGAGCCACAGAGCUGCUGCAGAACCCUUACAAGUUCUUCCCAGAUGAACGGUUUGGUGAUGAGAGUCCGAUUCUGGCUCUGCGCCAGGUGGGUCGUUGUCGAGUAAACAGCAGCCCAGCCAUGGACAGCAUGUUCACUGAUCUGGAUGGGCUAGCGGGCUUCCACCCUCCUUUACCCCCUCCACCUCCUCCAUACCACCCCCCUGCCACACCCGGUCACGCACAGCUGAAGGGAGCAUGGCGGCCCCGUGUGCCCAUGCCAACCCCCACUCGUUCCUUCUCUUACCCCUGUAACCGCACCCUGCUCCAGCGCCAUGCAGCCGUCAAGCAUGGCAGCUCAGACUACUCCUCUGUGCACAGGCCCCAGCCCCCAGACUGCACCAACCCACAAGCUAUGGGUCGAGCAUUGCUCUCAGACCAGCAGGCGAUGAGCAUGGAGCCUGUGAUGAGGGAGUUCAUGCCUGACAUUGCACUGGGCGUGUCUGUUAUGUCCCUGAGAGAGCAGCACAUGGUGGAGAUGGAAAGGGAUGGUCCUCACAGUCCCAUGGGUCCCCCCAGUCACCACCUGUCCCAUGGGCCCUGCACUUCGACUCGUCUCAGCCACAACCUUGGUCCUGGGCACGGCCACUCCUGUAAGAGGCACGCCCCUGAACCCAAGCUGGAGGCCCAAGCAGAGUUCCCCGACUUGUAUGACUUUUCCUGCCGACCUGCCACUCCAACCUCCACUCACCCCCUGCCCUCCUUUGCAGGGCCGGACCUCUACAGCCACAGCUGUAACCCCUCCAGCUCCUUCCCAGCCUCCUAUCAUUCUGACUCUCAGCCCCAAGGCCACCCUCAGGGGCGGACUGCCCCAGACCCCCUGCGGCUGGAUGUCCUUGGUAUGAACUCUCAGAGGCAGGACGGAGCUCUUGCCAGCCCAUCUGGGGCCCAGCCAAGGAUGGGACAUAUCCCAAGGGGGCGAUCAAACGAGACAGACCUAACUCAUGGCUUGGGCCAUUUGCGCUCCCCCAGUGGAAACAUAGAUGGAUAUGAAGAGAGGCACUUGGGCCCAAGGGAAGCCCCAGAAGAGAUGGUUACAGCUGGAGAGUCAUCAGGCUCAGGGUCCCUCCAGCAGCCUCACAGAAACAGUAUUAGUGAGGAGGCUGCAAGAGACCGCAGGUCCCCCAGCAAGCCAGACUAUCCUUACAAGAAAUCUGCACUUUAACCCCAGAUAAAGGACCAGGGGUUGAGUUAUGAAAAGGGAAGAUGGGAGGAGUUGCCCUCCCUUCGUAAUGGAUAGCAAAGCACUAAUUUGUAUGAGUGUGUGUGUGUGUCUGUGUGUCUGUGAGAAAGAGGCAGGGAAAAGGGGUGGUCGAUGUUUUCUAUUUAUAGGCUCUGUCUUUUUGUCCUACCUCUGUCACACUGUGCUAUCCAUCACACAGUUGCAGCAUGAAAAACGUGAGAGCUGUAGGUCAACAGUCUAUGGUUGGAAUUGGUCACUUCAAGUCGGCCUUAAUCUUGCUGGCAUGACUUGAACUGUAUGGGCAUGGAAGGAUUGGUGUUUUGAGCCUGGCUGAUAAUAGAAGGGUUAGCUCCAUGCUGUGUGAGUCAUUCUUGAGUAGAUUGUGACAGUUUAUGUAGCUCAAUAAUAAACUGAUAGUUUAAAAAGACACUACACAUACUCUCAUUGUUGACUGUUGAUAUCCCCAUUACAGAACUGGGUAAUAGUUGGAUAUGAAUUUCAAUUUGAGCAAAUGAACAACAGCAGACUGUCUGGGACAGAGAUAGCAUUGCGAUAAAUCAUGUGUAAAUAUGUCUGGUUGUAUUGCUUCCUGCCUAGAUUUGUUUCUUUCAUUUCUUCCUGUAGCAUUCCUAUUGCAACCCAGCUGACUAGUUUCCCUUUCCUGGCCCUGGUUCUGAGUGCUGAUGAGUGAUGGGCUGAGGGUAGGUCACACAAGGCAGGGGUUGGAUCAGACGGGAAAUAGGUUGGCAGUGUGUGUCAUUCUAUAGUUGUCUUUCUGGGUUGUAAUGGUGUGCGGCACCAAGUAAGGCAGUGUCUGGCAUCAGAAGCAGUAGUCUGGUGUUUUCGAAGUAGAGCAAGGAGAGGAGAGGAAAGGAGGCAUGCAGGCAGGUAUAUUACCAGAAUACAGUGGGGAAAACAUAUGGGUACCAUGGCAACAGACUACAGUGGUCAAAUGGAGUGUUGGUGGUUUAAUGGUGUUUUAGCUGAAACAGGUGUAUGUGUUUGUGUGCGACUGUAUGCAAGGACUAGUUUUGUACACACAGGUGUUUAAAAAAUCUCAGUACUGUACACUCCCAUCUGUAGUCAGGUCUGUAUGUACAUAUCAGCACUAGGCUCUGAGAUGAUUAACCACAGGCUGACCACAGGAUGCUGUGGCCGAUGCGCUGGGGCCCUCCACUUUUUCAAUAGCAUCAACUGAUCAAGUCUGAAAGCCUUAAUCAUUGCUUGGAAUAUUCAGUUUAAGCAACUUUUACUCAAUCAAGUAUGAUGUCAUCUUGACUAUCCACAAGAAAAACCGACAAUUCACGGUUCCUCUGCAAUGGGGCCCAAGAUUUACCAAACGUUUUAUACCAUCUGGCCUCUGUCCUGCCACCUCAUAGGUUGUCCUGGACCUGCACAUCCAGAGUUAAUACUGUUAGAAACACUGCUUCCACAGCUGCCGUAGCUACAGAAGCUUGCAAGUAUACACAUGAAGGCCUGUUACAGCCAGCAGCUGUUUCUUCACAUUAUACAACCUCUGUAUGACACAUGAGCAAAAUUGCACUUCAGGAGCAACCCCGUUUAUUAAUUUAAGGGAAAAUGAACAAGUGAAUUUCGAACAAAAGGAAUCUUUGAUCGAAGACAUUGGCAAUUGCUGUCUGAGCAUUAGCUGGUCAUAUCCCCAAUGUACUAUUGCUUUUGUAUAUAGCCGAUUUGAUUUCCAUCUUGUUCUGAUGAAUUGUUAAUGAUUUCUAUCACAUUUUAGUGGUUGUUGAAGGUUUGUGUUUGUACUGUAGUGGACAUCACUGUGUACUUGUCUCUGUCAUGAUCUUACCAGGAAUGUGUGGCAUACGUCAAAGAUUGUGUGUCAGAAUCUAUUUUGUCUUAUUAAAUGUUUCGCAUUUUGGGCCGCUUGUUCAAUAUUGUAGAUGGUGUGGAUUACAAUGUUUGUUUAGAUGCUUCUUUUUUUUUUUCCCCAAAACUUUUUAAGUAACAGGAUGUAAAUGUAGAGGAUCUGAAGAUAUUAGCUCUCUGCUUAGUGGUAUUGAAGUUGCCAGGCAGAAAAAUCAUUUUUCCAUCAAGCUUGCUUCAUGGGGAAAAAAUGCAAAACUCCAGAGUCCUCCCCAUGUUCAUGUUGGGUAGUUUUAUUUUCCAGGACAGUGUUCCACUGAAUAAAAAAAAAAAAGGAAAAAAAAGUCCUCAUUCUGCUCUUUGCUGUAGAGAAGCCAGUGCCUUCCCCCGCCUGCGGCUGGGCUUUUAUUGGAGAAGUGACUUUGAUGUCUAUGCAAGCCUUUUCUACCAGCUUACCAGCCUGCAUCAAAUAGUUAUUUGAAAACUCAUGUAGCUCAUUUUGUGUACAUAGUUUUUAUUUAGCACCUUUGAAAUUGAACCAUCUGAAAAUGUGUGACUGCUUGUGUUGAAUUUAACAGGUACAUUGUACUUGUGUGGUAUCAUACAAACACUUUUGUAGAUUGAUGUACUGAGUCGCAUUUAGUUUCACUGAAUCUAUUUUUCUACUGUCACCUCAAAAGGUGCAAAACAGUGGUAAACUUGGGCAUCCUCAAAAUAAACUGGUUUGAUAUUAUGUAA